CCUGCGGACUCGGCGUAGGAGUUGGCGCCGGCUGCGGUCCGGCCGUCGCGGGUCACGCCGAGGGCGCCCAGCCUGGCCUCUCCGCGGCGCCUCGGCCCCGGUGCGCCGCCGCGGCCCAUGGGGAGAGUCGGCCGGGCGUGCCGGCAUUAAACUGAAAAGAUGUCCCUGUAUGACGACCUGGGAGUGGAGACCAGUGACUCGAAAACAGAAGGCUGGUCCAAAAACUUCAAACUUCUGCAGUCUCAGCUUCAGGUGAAGAAGGCAGCUCUCACUCAGGCAAAGAGCCAGAGGACAAAACAAAGCACAGUCCUCGCCCCAGUCAUCGACCUAAAGCGAGGUGGCUCUUCAGACGACCGGCAGAUCGUGGACACACCGCCGCACGUAGCCGCCGGCCUGAAGGAUCCUGUUCCCAGUGGAUUUUCUGCAGGAGAAGUUCUGAUUCCUUUAGCUGAUGAAUAUGAUCCUAUGUUUCCUAAUGAUUAUGAGAAAGUAGUGAAGCGCCAAAGAGAAGAACGACAGAGACAGCGGGAGCUGGAAAGACAAAAAGAAAUAGAAGAGAGAGAAAAGAGGCGUAAAGACAGACAUGAAGCUAGUGGGUUUUCAAGGCGACCAGAUCCAGAUUCUGAUGAAGAUGAAGAUUAUGAGCGGGAGAGGAGGAAAAGAAGUAUGGGCGGAGCUGCCAUCGCACCACCCACUUCUCUUGUAGAGAAAGACAAAGAGUUACCCCGAGAUUUUCCAUAUGAAGAGGAUUCGAGACCUCGCUCACAGUCUUCCAAAGCUGCCAUCCCUCCCCCGGUGUACGAGGAGCAAGACAGACCCCGAUCACCGACCGGACCUGGCAACUCCUUCCUUGCCAACAUGGGUGGCACAGUAGCACAUAAAAUCAUGCAGAAGUAUGGCUUCCGGGAAGGCCAGGGUCUUGGGAAGCACGAGCAAGGGCUGAGCACAGCGUUGUCGGUGGAGAAGACAAGCAAGCGAGGCGGCAAGAUCAUUGUGGGCGACGCCACGGAGAAAGAUGCAGCCAAGAAGUCGGAUUCAAAUCCAUUGACUGAAAUACUGAAGUGUCCUACUAAAGUAGUCCUACUAAGGAACAUGGUUGGUGCAGGAGAGGUAGAUGAAGACUUGGAAGUUGAAACCAAGGAAGAAUGUGAAAAAUAUGGCAAAGUUGGAAAAUGUGUGAUAUUUGAAAUUCCUGGUGCCCCUGAUGAUGAAGCAGUACGAAUAUUUUUAGAAUUUGAAAGAGUUGAAUCAGCAAUUAAAGCUGUUGUUGAUCUGAACGGGAGGUAUUUUGGUGGACGGGUGGUAAAAGCAUGUUUCUACAAUUUGGAUAAAUUCAGGGUCUUGGAUUUGGCAGAACAAGUUUGAUUUUAAGAACUAGAGCGCAAGUCAUCUCCAGUGACCCCUAAGUGAGCUGCAAGCUGAGCAGAGAAGAAAAAGGUGGCAGCCACCUGCAUGGCUGUUGGGUACAGAGACUCUUGAAAGAACUUCUAAGAUAUAUGUUGACUGAUCCCUUUUUUAUUUUGUGGUUUUUUAAUAUAGUAUAAAAAUUCUUUAAAAAAAAAAAAACAAUCUGUGUGCCUCUCUGGUUGUUUCUCUUUUUUAUUACCACUUCUGAGGUGAUUACAUUUUUUGCUAGGAUUUCAUGAUAAUUCUCAAGUGCUUCAGUGAUACAGCAUUUCUUGCACUAAAAAAUCUAGAAAGUUUUGGGGUAUGGGGUUGUAUUAAGUUAUCCUUUGCUUUUCUUUCUUUCUUUUUUCGAUUCAUUUUAAUAAAACCUGCAAGUUACUAAACUGUAGCUUCAUAAAUUGUGUAAUAAAGUGUCAUCUUGGCAGUCUGCCAAAGGUGGAAAUGCCUGCUUUCUCUAACAGAGAAGUUCUUAUUGACUCCAGUCACAGAAAAAGCUCUUUACGGCCUGAACUAAGGUUGAAGAACUGAACCUUCCAUGACCUGUUCGGAUGAGUCAUUUUCGGUUAAGCUGAGUCAGACUAUUAUGGUUUGUGAUGGAUUUAGGGGUAUAUGGGUAUAGAAAUCAUGAAUCUAGCAUUUGUUUUCAGAGAUUCAAGCAUAGUCUUUAGCGUAGAUCAGAAAUGACAAGUUAAUUCAGAACCUCGCAGGUACCUUGUAAAUGUGUAUCCAGUUAUGUUUUGGAAAUGGUGGUUCCUUGGGGUCACGUUUCUACUGGCAAAAUUUGCAGUAGUGUCAGUUCUCAUGUGUAACUUUUAAAUUUAUAAAAUUUAGCCACAUCAGCUGCUUGAACUGUACUGCCGAUUAAUAUAGUUUUGGAAUUUUGAAAAAUUCUAGCAUUGCGGUACAGUGGUGUGUGUGGCUUAAAAAUUUAGCAGGACCACAAAAAAGAAAACAGAUAAAAAUAUUUGGUACUGAGGUUUGUUGCCAGAGCAGGAAGUGUUUCCAGAGCAUAUUUGUGCCUGUGUUCUGUUCCUCACUUGCCCGAAUAUUGCAUGUGACUUUCCUGAAGCGGCAACUGAAGGACAUGCACCUGUGUUGUCUCUUUAGGUUAUUACGACAUGAAAGUGUGUUGUGACCCUUCGGAGGAAGAAGCACUCACCAUUUCUUUGCAUUCAUGGACUUGGUUUGGAGACAUAAGGAAUAUUCUGACCCUUUUUAAAAAAGGAUUUUCUCAUGUUUUUAUUUAACAUAAAUAAAGAAUAACAUUUUC